CCCCCCGCCGCCCUCACGAGACCUUCAAUUUCUUAGUCUUUCUUUAUUCCCUUCUACAAACACCUCCCCACAAUCGGACAUAAUGCUGUCGACCGUGCACAAGGCUGGCCGAGCUCCUGCUCUCCUCCGCCAUGGUCGGCGGGUCCCCGUCCAGGCGUCCCAACUGAGGGCUUUCACCUCCGGCGCCCAGAACACCUCCAUCUUCCAGACACAGGCCAACGCCGCCCAGAGGCUGUCCUCCCAGAAGAGGUGGCUCUCUGCCUCCGCUGCCGCGGCUGCUGCCAGCCAGCCCGCCCCCGACGCAAAGGCUUAUAUCCAGAGCGGCGUCGUCAAGCCCCGCGACCAUGUCGACGUCAAGAAGGUGCUUGUUAUCGGCUCCGGUGGUCUUGCCAUUGGCCAGGCCGGCGAGUUCGACUACUCCGGUUCUCAGGCGCUCAAGGCCCUUAAGGAGGCCGGUGUUGCUUCCGUGCUGAUCAACCCCAACAUCGCUACCAUCCAGACCAACCACUCCCUCGCCGACGAGGUCUACUACCUCCCCGUCACCCCCGAGUACGUCGAGUACGUCAUCCAGAGGGAGAAGCCCGAUGGUAUCUUCCUGUCCUUCGGUGGUCAGACCGCCCUCAACUUGGGUGUCCAGAUGCAGAAGCUUGGCCUCUUCGAGAAGUACGGUGUCAAGGUUCUCGGUACCAGUGUCAGGACACUGGAGGUUUCUGAGGACAGAGAUCUCUUCGCCAAGGCCCUUGAGGAGAUCAACAUCCCCAUUGCCAAGUCCAUCGCCGUUAACACCGUCGAUGAGGCCCUCGACGCUGCCAACAAGAUUGGCUACCCCAUCAUCGUCCGCGCUGCCUACGCCCUUGGUGGUCUCGGUUCCGGUUUCGCCCACAACGAGGAGGAGCUCCGCAACAUGGCUGCUCGCUCCCUCACCCUCUCCCCCCAGAUCUUGGUCGAGAAGUCCCUCAAGGGCUGGAAGGAGGUUGAGUACGAGGUCGUCCGUGAUGCCAACAACAACUGCAUUACUGUGUGCAACAUGGAGAACUUCGACCCCCUCGGUAUCCACACUGGUGACUCUAUCGUCGUUGCUCCUUCCCAGACCCUCAGCGACGAGGAGUAUCACAUGCUCCGUUCCGCUGCCAUCAAGAUCGUCCGUCACUUGGGCGUCGUUGGUGAAUGCAACGUCCAGUACGCUCUCCAGCCCGAUGGCUUGGACUACCGUGUCAUUGAGGUCAACGCCCGUCUUUCCCGCUCGUCUGCCCUCGCCUCCAAGGCUACCGGCUACCCCCUGGCCUACACUGCCGCCAAGAUCGGUCUCGGCCACAGCCUUCCCGAGCUCCCCAACGCUGUCACCAAGACCACCACCGCCAACUUCGAGCCUUCUCUUGACUACAUCGUCACCAAGAUUCCCAGGUGGGAUCUGUCCAAGUUCCAGCACGUCAAGCGCGACAUUGGCUCUGCCAUGAAGUCGGUUGGUGAGGUCAUGGCUAUCGGCCGUACCUUCGAGGAGUCUUUCCAGAAGGCUAUCCGUCAGGUUGACCCCCGCUUCGUCGGUUUCCAGGGUGACAAGUUCGAGGAUCUCGACUUCGAGCUCCAGAACCCUACCGACCGCCGCUGGUUGGCUGUUGGUCAGGCUAUGCUCCACGAGAACUACACUGUUGACAAGAUCCAUGAUCUGACCAAGAUCGACAAGUGGUUCCUCUACAAGCUCCAGAACAUCGUUGACUGCCAGAAGGAGAUGCAACAGCUUGGCAGCCUCGAGGCCCUCAAGAAGGAGCACAUCCUCAAGGCCAAGAAGCUCGGUUUCUCCGAUAAGCAGAUCGCCGUGGCUGUCAACAGCACUGAGGACCUUGUCCGCGCUGCCAGAAAGGAGUUCGGUAUCAGGCCCUGGGUUAAGAAGAUCGAUACUCUGGCCGCCGAGUUCCCUGCUGACACCAACUACCUCUACACCACUUACAACGCCUCUUCCCACGACGUCACCUUCGAGGAUAAGGGUACUGUCAUUCUCGGCAGCGGUGUCUACCGUAUCGGUUCCUCGGUCGAGUUCGAUUGGUGCGCUGUCAGCGCCACCCAGGCCCUGAGGGCUAUGGGCGAGAAGACCGUCAUGAUCAACUACAACCCCGAGACCUACUCUACCGAUUUCGAUACCGCUGAUAAGCUUUACUUCGAGGAGCUUAGCUACGAGCGUGUCAUGGAUAUCUAUGAGCUCGAGAGCGCCUCUGGUGUUGUCGUCUCUGUCGGUGGCCAGCUUCCUCAGAACAUUGCCCUCCGUCUCCAGGAGACUGGCAAGGCCCGCGUUCUCGGCACUGAUCCCCGCGAUAUCGACCGUGCUGAGGACAGACAGAAGUUCUCUGAGAUCCUCGACAGCAUUGGCGUUGAUCAGCCCGCCUGGAAGGAGCUCACCUCCGUCGAGGCUGCUGAGAAGUUCGCUGAGGAGGUUGGCUACCCCGUCCUUGUCCGUCCCUCUUACGUCCUCUCCGGUGCUGCCAUGACCGUCAUCCGCAGCAAGGAGGAUCUCAAGGACAAGCUUGAGGCUGCCGCCAACGUUUCUCCCGAGCACCCCGUUGUUAUCACCAAGUUCAUCGAGGGCGCCCAGGAGAUUGAUGUUGAUGGUGUUGCCUCUGAGGGUAACCUCAUCCUCCACGCCGUCUCUGAGCACGUUGAGCAGGCUGGUGUUCACUCCGGUGAUGCCACCCUCGUCCUCCCUCCCGCCAACCUUGACCAGACCACCAUGGACCGCGUCAAGGAGAUCGCCCAGAAGGUCGCCAAGGCCUGGAGGAUCACUGGUCCCUUCAACAUGCAGAUCAUCAAGGCUGAUGAUCCCGAGGGUGGCCUCCCGGCCCUCAAGGUCAUCGAGUGCAACCUCCGUGCCUCUCGUUCGUUCCCCUUCGUUUCCAAGGUCCUCGGCGUCAACUUCAUCGACGCUGCUACCAAGGCCCUUGUUGGCAAGAACGUCCCCGAGCCCACUGAUCUCAUGGCUGUCAAGCGUGACUACGUCGCCACCAAGGUUCCCCAGUUCUCCUGGACCCGUCUUGCUGGUGCCGACCCCUUCCUCGGCGUCGAGAUGUCCUCUACCGGUGAGAUGGCCUGCUUCGGCAAGGAUCUCGUCGAUGCCUACUGGGCUUCUCUCCAGUCCGCCAUGAACUUCCGCGUUCCCGAGCCCGGUGAGGGUCUCCUCUUCGGUGGUGACCUCAGCAAGAGCUGGUUGCCCACCAUCGUCGACUACCUCAGCCCUCUUGGCUACAAGCUCUACGCCGCCGACAACGAGGUCAAGCAGUUCCUCGAGUCCUCUGCCAAGACCAAGAUUGACGUCGAGGUCAUUGCCUUCCCCACCGAUGACAAGCGUGCCCUUCGUGAGGUCUUCGCCAAGAACAACAUCCGUGGUGUCUUCAACCUUGCCCAGGCCCGUGGCAAGACCAUCUUCGAUGUUGACUACGUCAUGCGUCGUAACGCCGUCGACUUCGGCGUUCCUCUCUUCAUGGAGCCCCAGACCGCUAUGCUUUUCGCCCAGUGCAUGGCCGAGAAGCUGCCCCGCCCCGAGGGUAUCCCCUCUGAGGUCCUCAGGUGGUCCGAGUUCAUUGGCGGCAAGCCUUUGUAAAUGACAUGAUACCAUUCUGUUUGAUUGUUUUUCUUUCUACCUUUUGAAGACGUGUUCAAAAAAGAAAAAUCACGCAUGGGGGGUGUCAAAAGUCAUUUUCAACAACUCAUAAAAAGGGCGUUUGGUUGUGGAAAGGUUUUGGAUCUAGAUCCAUGUGGAUGUCUCUAUAAGCGGGAAAAGGAAUCGGUGUUAGUUCUUGUUUGUUCAUUUGCUUGGAACAUUUUCUUCUUUCUUUGCUGUUUAGAUGUUGUUGAUAUGUGUACAGGACGAAAUUUUCAU